AUGGGCCAAACGACCCCCAUGACACCUACGCCGACUGGCAGCACACCUGGCAGCUCCACUGGCUUCGGCUGGCAGCGCCCUGCUUCAUCACAUUCCGCCUCGACGCCUACUUCUGCUCAAUAUGGGGCUCAGCAUUUUUUUCGAGAGCCUUCGCAACCAACGAUGCUGCCCAACGGUGUUGGAAUGCAGCAUGGCCCCCCACACAUGUCUCCUCAGUCCAGUGCACCUUUAGGACCUCCGUCACUGAGGCCUAGACCGAGCUUGGAAAGGCAGCAGAUAUCGCCUGUACCAGAAAAACAUAGGAGAAACCUUUCCGGGGAGUUACGUACUCAGCCGUCCAACAACGAUCCGAAUUUUCCUUUCGCUUCACCUUCCAGGCCGUCAGUAUCACGUAAUAGUAGCUCAGGCUAUGAGAGUCGACACGACCGACAGAAGAGUGUUAGUGUGAGCCCAAAGACUAAGGCUUCUAAUUUGCCUCACUUUGACCAACAAGUGCUGCCAAGCGUUCAUGGAGACUUUCGUGGCGCGCAAUAUGCAUCAUCUUUCGGAAGUGAACACAAUCGCAAAAGUGAGCAAGGUUCGAUAAGUCAAGCUAGCGAGAGGCCAUCAGCGCGAAGGAUGAGCUCCAUGGGCAUUGACUCCAUGCUUAAUGCAGUACCUUCAGAUCAAACAUCGAACAAGAGGUUGAAGAGGUCAUCAAUUGACACACCUACAGAAAAUCUGUACGACAAGGUUGCAACGGUCUCACAACCUUCGAGUGAUAUGAUAAUGAGUCAUCAUACUCCACAACCCGUAUCUCCGUCCACACAGCCAAGUGUCAAGACUAGUCAAGACACCGUCAUGACCGACAAUACAUCAAGCCCAUCGCAGAGUGGCGUCCAAGAUCCAGUAGUCACGUCCGCUUCGGUGGACCGUAGCUCCAAUCACAAGACCAAGCAACCAGAUUUCUAUACUCAUCGCGCAAGCAAGGAAGUCGAGGUGGCUGCCUAUCCCAAAAAUACAGCCAGAGGUCUCCCACCGCAGAAACCUCAAAGUAAUAAAGAAGGCGCCUUUGUUGCCCCUGAUCAUUCAGCUACCAAGAGAGUCCAGGUAGAUCAGUCCGAAAAUAAACCAAGUCUAGAUCUUAUAGGAGCGAAGAACACUCGUCUGAGCGAAGACCGUGAGACUCUGCAGAAGAAGCGUGACAAGCCACCGCGGCUGCCGCAGCCCGUAUGGGCUCGAUCUGUGCUCGAGAACCAACGCAAACCCGGCGGAGGCCCAAUACGUCCCCAACGACCUUUCACCAAACAUAGUCCAAAGCAAGCAAAUGGCCAUAUAUCUAAUGGCGUAUCAGUGCCGGCUAGUCAACCACAGGACAAGGGACCGUUGGGUCACUGGGAGCCGAGUAUACUUAAUGUCAUACCGCUUGAUGAAGUGACAAGGUUUGUGUCUGAUUUCUUGUUCAUGGAGGUAAUGCAACACCUAGAAAUUGGUGUUGCUCCUGCCGGCGGUUCGGCUGGUGGAGGCGCCGUUCUGGAAAUCGAAGCCAAAAUAGGUCGACUGAUUGAUAAGAACACGAUGGACAGGAUUAGUAUUCCGGUCAUGACCGAGACUGUCUUUAACCGUAAUAGCCCAAGCCACCGGACACAUUUUGAAAGUUCUAUGACAGAGCUUCAACAUCGCGCUUUGAAUGAAUUUUUGAAUGAUGCUCUAAAAAAGACACUUCCCCCAAAACCAUUACCGCACAACCCCAACACAGCUCCGCAUCGACGAGUCAAGAUGGACUACAAGCAUACUAGAGAAGUCGACACGUUUUUCGAUCUAACGCAGCAAGGUCUCAUGGCUCUACCAGCUUCUCUCAAUGUCAAAAACAACAAGAUUAAGGUUCGAAUCACUCGCGAUCAAAAGACAGGCAACGAACUCGCGAGGAUCGUCAAAACAAGGCUUGCAGAUGUUGAAAUCUAUAGUCCCUUCAAUCAAGUAGAUUGGCGUGUUAGUGUCAAUGUCGAAAUGGACUUCCAAGGUGACUUGCGAGAUCUAAUCGAGACGGAUGAUCGAAACAGUAAGAGAACGGAACGCAACAAGGACAGGCUUAGCUACAAGCAUCAAGCGUAUCAAAUUGAUCUGACGCAGGUGACGCCAAGCGAAGGGUCAAGCUACAAGGAGCACGAAUUGGAGAUCGAAGUCUCGUCUGAAGAAGUUCGCAAGCAGGCGACUCUCCUACAGCAUCAGGAGCCUAACUCUCUUAUGGAGCUGAUCAGCGGCUUUGUCGACAAUGUACGGACGCUGGCAAGACAAGUUCCACACGACAACGUGCCUGCUCCAAUUUCGCUUCGGUGA